AAACGUGUAUAGGAACGUAUAAGUCAUUUGUCAAAUGACUGUCAUCUGUUUAGGUCAAAAUUUAAAAUAGGCCGACGUAUAAAACCUCGUAUUUAUGUAGAUAUCUUUUCUUGGUCCUUGUAAAUAUAACUGGAAGACGUGUAAAUUAGAAGAACAUUACAGAGUUCUACAAUAAAUAACACAAUCGCCGUAAAAAAAGCGAUCGAGAUGAGCAAGCUGUGCCGCCAGGUGUCCAUCGAGUCCCCCGGAGCCACGCUGAAGGAGUGCGUGUUCAGCUUCGACGUGCCCGUGCCCGAGGUGCCCAUGUACGGCGCGCGCAUCCGGGUCGCGUAUGCCGGCGCCUGCUAUAGGGCGAAUCGCACCCGCUCCGCGUCCGUGUGUUCCACAUCUUCCGUCUCGUCUAUCGGCAGCCUGUCGGGCGAGAUGGAGAACUUCGGGAUUCACACUUCAACACCUGCACAUAUAGGCCUACGCGACGGAGCCCUGUUUCCGGGCUACGAGGUGGCCGGGGUGGUCGACGCCAUCGGCAAAAACGCCGACACUGAAGGCAUCAAGGAAGGCGACAGGAUCGUGCUGUACCCGUACGAAGGAGUCCCCCACGGCUACGCGGACUACAUCGUGGUCCCGGACUUCAAGUGCCUGGUGCGCGUGCCGCCCGAGCUGCCGCUGAGCGUGGCCGCCAUGCUGCCCACCGGCGCGCUGCUCGCCAUGAACACCGUCAACACGGGCAGCGACUGCCUGCACAAGAUCCUGGAAGGACCUGACCACAAGGACAUAGCCACCGUGCUGAUAGUCGGCACCGGCGGCCUGGCGCUCUGGGCCCUGCGCAUAGCCAGCCACUACUUCCGUCAGUCGUGCUGGCAUGAUCGCGUCCGGAUAUCCGUCGCCACGCUCAACGAUGAAGGCUUUCUGUACGCCAAAGAUAGCGAAGAAAUAAAAGUAGUGCAAUGGAAUGAAGAUUUGUACGAGAAGCAGUUGAUCGAGCGCACGACGGACGCGUGCGGCGGCCGCGUGGACCUGGUCAUGAACUUCGGCACCACCUCGCGCUCGCUACACCGCUCGCUGCAGUGCCUGGCCCCGGGCGGCGUGGUCCUGGUGACGGAGGACGUGGGCGAGAAGCUCCUGCCCAAGUUCGCGAAGAAGGCGGACGAGCUGCACGUGCACGUGGCGGUCGUGCCCAACGGCACGCUGGAGCAGCUGCGCGAGCUGGUGGGGCUCGUCGCCAGGGGGGAGAUCGCCCCUCCCCCCCACUCGGUGUUCCCGGCCGAGGACGCGCAGGAGGUGGUCCGCAAACUGUGCAACUCGGAGAUCAAGGGCCGCGCCAUCUUGCGGUUCCACAACGUCAACUAAGUGUGCGGGUCACUAUAUGUAG